UUUAAAUUUCGCUACCAGACAGCUUUCAACAACAACAAAUCUCUUCUACGGUAACCCAGAAAGGACAAAAAGGAUCAAGGUCUGUCGCUCUCUCCCGACAAGAAGGAAGUUAGCAAGCUAGUCGUCGAAAAUCAUCUUGAACUUUAUAAAAAUGAGGGUGAAAGAUCGUCCUCAGUGUUACUUUGAUGUGGAGCUCAACCGGGACCCAGUUGGGCGUAUAGUAUUUCAGCUUUAUUCCGAUGUUUGUCCCAAGACAAGCAAGAACUUUCUCUGUCUGUGCACUGGAGAGAAGGGAAGUGGGAAAAUCACAGGGAAAAAGCUUUGCUACAAAGGAUCCACAUUUCAUAGAGUUGUGAAAAACUUUAUGAUUCAGGGAGGCGACUUCACAGAAGGAACGGGGAGAGGAGGGGAGUCCAUUUAUGGUGGCUACUUUAAAGAUGAGAAUUUCAAUCUUAAACAUGACCGAGCAUUCCUGCUAUCAAUGGCCAAUCGGGGGAAAGACACAAACGGCUCACAGUUUUUUAUAACAACCAAGACUGCGCCUCAUCUUGACGGAGUCCAUGUUGUCUUUGGUCUCGUCAUCUCUGGCUUCGAAGUCAUAAAGAAGAUUGAAGGGCUGAAGACUGAUUCAGCGAGCAGACCGUACGCUGACGUGAGAGUGGUGGACUGUGGUCAGCUGAUCACCAAGUCUGCAAAUGACGUUCUUGAAGACAUGAGGAUAAGAGGAUCUCCUCGUUCCUCGCUCAACUCAGACGACUCGGCAUCUCACUUCUCGUCAGAGGAGUCUGAAAGUCCAGCAGAAGAAAAGCGCAAACGUCAAAAGCUCAAGAGGCCCGGAAAAAGUCAACCGCCUAAAAAGAAAAAACGAGAGGCAAAAAAGGCGAAGAAUUUAAAUAUUUUGAAGAAAAGGCCUGUGGAGCAGGAGACAGUGCAGGGAGAACAUGAAGAAGAGAAGGAGGCCGGUGGAAAGAGGGAGAAACCUGUCGUCCGUCCGGAGGAGAUCCCACCUGUGCCAGAGAACCGCUUCCUGCUGCGACGGGACAUGCCAUCCCAACAAGUCAAAACUGAAAUUGUUGAGAGAGAAGAAACGACAGUUUCAGCUGACCAGAAACCAGCCGUGUCAAAGUCUGGGAGGAGGAUCAGAGGCAGAGGAACGAUAAGAUAUCACACUCCUACAAGAUCCAAAUCCCGCUCUGCAUCCUUGGAGGAGCGUGGAAGUAGCGAAACUCCGCCGCAUUGGAAAGAAGAGAUGAAGAGAAUCAAAUGUUAUCAACGCCCAAGCAUGGAAAGAUGGAACAAAGGAGACAAAUUGAAUGACCAAUCUUCAAGCAGAUGGGACGACAGAAGUGACUCGGCAUGGUCCCACUCAGUGGAACACUCUUCCGACCGCAGUUCAGAGAGGUCCAGCCAGCAUCAGCAUGUGAAAAAAGAAAAGAAGAAGGCCAAACACAAGAAAAAAGCCAAGAAGCGCAAGCAUGCCAAGAAGAAAAGCUCCAAGAGCAAACCCCCUGAAGCCUCCGUGUCAGAAAAUGACAAAGCAAUGUCUUCAGGGAGAAGUUCACAUUCAUUAUCACACUCGCCGUCAAGCCAGCACCGUUCGCCAAAGAGACGGCGGCGCUCCUCACGGUCGUUUUCUCAUUCCUACUCUAGAUCUUACACACUAAGUCGAUCCACAUCUCGAGGAAGGUCCAGAUCUUAUUCUCGGUCCAGGAGCGUCUCUAGAUCAAGAAGUAGAUCUUUGUCUAGAUCCAGAUCACGGUCCUUAUCUCAAUCCAGAUCAGAUUCCAGGUCCAGACACCGAUCCAGAACUCUGUCUAAAAAGAGAAGUUUAUCUAGAUCUCCAAGAAAAAGGAAAACAAGGGUUCCCAAAUCUGACGGUAAGAGCCGUGAGACAGAGAAGCUCCCAGAAGUCACUCCUGGUAGCAGACUGCCAACAGUUCCAACACCUGAAAGUGUGCCGGUCAUCCCACUGAGCGACAGUCCUCCCCCCUCACGCUGGAAGCCAGGUCAAAAACCCUGGAAGCCGUCUUACGUCCACAUCCAAGAAAUUAAAGCUAAAGUUUCCUCCAACAUGGCUUCAUCCGGCGGGCAAGCCACAGACAGCCUCACAGAAAAAGCUCAGAGUUCAGGAACUCCUAAAUCUCUACCAGAAGACAGUCAAGGUGCACUCAAAGCUGCGCUGGGUUCAUGCAGCAGAUUGUCCAGGAGCCGGUCCCGGAGCAGAAGCUCCAGUCGGUACAGAAGCAGGUCGUCCUCCUGCAACGGAUCAGACUUUGAAAACUCUCCAAAAACGAGCAGCAGAAAGGUCAAGUCAUUAGACAAGGAAUGGGAAAAGUAUUACAGUUCCCUAAACCGGAUAAAAAACCUGGAUAAGUACAUUUCCAUGAGUGGUGGUAGAGAUGGUCACUCCGGAUCAGACAGAGGAACCGGCAGUAAACACAGUCAGGACGAUGGAGACUUUGUGGAAGAAAUAAAGGAGACAGAAAAUGCACAGAAUUCCGAGACGAACCAUUCACUUCCAGCUGGGAGGUCUGAAUGGGAUAGUGACGGGGAUAAAGUUAGCCAGAGUGAGUCUGCCGUCAGAACGAAGCAGCAAGAAGAAGAGGACCUGCUCGGGCUGAAGUCUGUCCUUGCAGGAUGGAAUUCAGACAGCGAUUCAGAGAACAUAACAGGAAGAAUAUCCGCCAUGUCUGAGAAAGAGGAAGGGGAGGCAAGUUCGGAGUCUGACCGCGACGCUUUAAAAAACAUUUCAAGGCACAAGGUUGUGCCUCCUUCUUCCGGUCAAUCCGAACAAAGUUCUGGAAAUCCUGCAGCUCCGGAGAAGCACAAGAGUAAAAAGAAAGCCAAGCGGAAGCACAAACACAAGAGGAGAAGCGUCAGUAAGACCUCCCAUCACAGCAAGGACAAAACCAAGAAUUCAAAGAGGAAAAAACUGAAGCUUAAAGAGAGUUUUCACUGGCAGCCCCCUCUAGAGUUUGGAGAAGAGGACGACGAGGACGAAUCCAGAAGGGAGAAAAACAUCCCUGCAAGAGUUUUUCUGGAAGAUUCUAAUGAACCUGAAAAUGUGAAGGACCAACAUUUAACCAAUUUGAAAAACAACCCCACCAAAGAAGAUGAAAGGGGUCAACAGAGAUCAAAAGAAACGACUAGAAACAGCAAAAAUCCUGAGCCUCAUCAGUCUGACAAAAACAGUACAAGUUCUUAUUGUUCAGGCACCAAAGAGCAGCAGUCUCUAGACGAUAUGGACAUCUGUACUCCAGAGCACAUCGACAUAUUCGAACCUCUGCCUUCUAAUGAUUCCACCGUCCCUGAACCGAAUCCAGAAGCAACCUCAAAGUCCUCUAACACGACGAGCAAUGAGGGUUCUUCAGAGCAGAGCAACCAACCGAUUACUGCUUCUUCCACAACAGCCGAUAGUCUCCAAGAUGAACCUACAGUAUCCAAACCUUUGAUUACUUUUAAAUGGAAGCCAAUUAAAGGCACGACAGCUCUACAGAAUGUGAGCGCAGCACCUGUCACUGUUAAAAACACUCAAGAAAGCCAGAACCGGAACGCACAGGGAGUGAAGAUGGAGAUCAAGAGUAAAAGUCUGGUUCGACCGGGCUCGCUGUUUGACGAGGUACGGAAGACUGCACGGCUCAACCAGAGACCCAGGAACAAGGAGAGUUCCAGCGAAGAAAGUUCUCCUGUCGCGGGAAAGACGAGGGAGACGUCUCAUGCUCGCUCGCUGCAGAAGGCGAGGUCAGAAUCUAGAAAUUCUCGCUCCGCUUCCAGUCACCGGUCAGGCUCCAGAGGGUGGUCCCGCUCGUACAGCCGGUCGAGGAGUCGAUCCCGCAGCUCAAGCUACUCCUCUAGGAGCCGCAGCAGGAGCAGGAGGAGACAUCGAAGAGGACGAUCUCGCUCCCGCAGCAGCACUUACCGGAGUUACCGGAGUCACCGGGGUCACAGCCGGAGUUACAGCAGAAGUCUCUCCAGGAGUCGCUCGUAUCACCGUCACAGGGGAUCCAGGUCAGACUCCUAUGACAGCUACACCAGUCGCAGUCGGAGUGGGAGCAGGUGGCAUCGACGAAGUGACAGCUACAGGAGCUCUGGGCGCCGAUCCCGAUCUUAUCACUCAUCCAGUCGCAGCUCGUCCAGGCGCAGGAGUCACAGUCGCAGCAGUCGGUACAGCUGAGCUGCCCUCAGCCAUCUGCUCAGAGGGAGCAAACCACAAAGUCUGCAUAUUGCGCCCACAUAACAGCAGAAACUCAAAGAUCAGCAACUAAAACUCCAAGACAAAGAGUUCUGUCCCUCCCUCCUGUUCUAGAACUGACCGCUGUUACAUGAGAUGAGGGGGAAAUAAUAUAGAAUGUGUUUUAUUUUCUGAUUCAGCUCUUUAUAAGCUACUUUUACAGUACUGGGCUGUCUUUGUCUGAAGAGUUUUGUGUGACGUUAAAAUUUUCAAGUUGAAGUUAUUAGUUCUUGAAAAGACGCGUUACUGAAUGCAAAAUAACAGUUUCUUCUUUACGUUUACUAUGAGCCAUGAAUGUUUUAAACUGUACUUAAAGUAUAGUCUCUCUGGUUUUAUACCAUAUUGUUAUGAAUGUUUACUUUUAAUAAAAACAUCUUAAACUAC